AUGUCCGUCCAAGAGGCGGCUGCGGAGGCCGCCCCGCCUGAAGCCCAGCCGGUUCCCGGGCCACCUGCCCCGGACAGCGAACCGCACGUAGAAGCCGCCGCCGCGCCGGAGCCGGCCGCGCCGCCGCCCGCGGCUGAAAGCCCCCCACCCGCUGUUGCAGGUUCCAGGCGGAAGCGCACGGAAGGAAUGCUUGGUCCUCCGCUGAAUCUGACACUGGAUGAUGUGAACGACAACUCUGUGACUCUCACAUGGGAUGCGCCAGAGAAUGUUGGCCCCUCUGGCCCAGAUGGAUAUGUGGUUGAGCACUGCAAAGAUGGAACUACAGACUGGGUGGCUGCCAAUAACAAGCCCUUCCUUUCCACACGUUAUGUGAUCCGCAAUCUAACAUCUGGUGACAAACUUCACUUUCGUGUGAGAACUGUGAAAGGGGAUGAGAUGAGUGACCCAGCAGUCCUGGACCAAGCAGUCCUCAUCAGAGAGAUUCUUGAGCAACCCAAGAUCCGACUGCCACGCUUCUUGAGGGACUUGUACAUGAGGACUGUGGGAGAAUCGGUGAACCUGAUGGUCCCUUUUCGGGGGAAGCCAAAGCCACAGGUGACAUGGUCCAAAGACGGCCAGCCGCUGGAUCCCAAGAGAGUGGUUGUGCGCAACAGUGACAGGGACUCCAUCUUCUUUAUCCGAGAUGCGCAGCGCAAGGAUUCUGGAAAAUAUGAAAUAAGUGUUAAGAUCUUAGAUGAACUAGAAGACAAAGCCACCAUUGAUCUAAGGGUGAUUGAGAGACCAGGUCCUCCCGAGGAUCUGAAGCUGCUGGAUGUGUGGGGUUUUAAUGUGGCACUGGAGUGGAAGCCACCGAAAGAUAAUGGCAAUGCUGAGCUCAAGGGUUACACAGUCCAAAAAGCAGAAUUGAAAACUAAGCAAUGGUUCACAGUUCUGGAACACUACAACCGCACCAGCUGCACAGUGUCUGAUCUCAUCAUUGGCAACAGCUACUCCUUCCGAGUCUUCUCAGAGAACCCCUGUGGCCUUAGUGAGAGACCUGCCAUCACCAAGGAUGUGGCACACAUUAAAAAAUCAGUGGUCAUGUACAAACCAGAAGCCUUCAACAGCCGGGAUUUCUCUGAACCUCCAAAAUUCACCCAGCCUCUGACUGACAGAACCACCACUCGGGGCUACAGUACCCAGCUUGUCUGCUGUGUCCGAGGCUUCCCGAAGCCCAAAGUGAUCUGGAUGAAAAACCAAAUGGAGAUUCGAGAAGACCCUAAAUAUCUAGCUGUCAUGAACCAAGGCGUUUGUUCCCUAGAAAUUCGUAAACCAAACCCCUUUGAUGGUGGUAUCUAUACCUGCAAAGCAGUGAACCCUUUUGGGGAGGCCUCUGUAGAUUGCAGGCUGGAUGUAAAAGUCCCAGAGUGAAGAUGAUGCAGAGAGUCAGAGGAAGAGCAAGGUGGGUUAUCUGGAGCUCC